UCUACCUAGAACGGACGUUGCUGAAAAUGUAUAGGACUGUACAAAAAACACAUUUUUCCAUACAAAUGCAAUAAAAACUAUGUACUUCGAGUGAUUAUAGUGUUCUAUUGUGACUAUAUAGUGAAAUAAAUGCGAUAUUAAAAGUGUAGACAUUUAAGAAAAUACAAGAACGUUUAUGAAAACCAUCAGCUGAUGAAAAGAGAUGAGGCAGUGUGCGACAAAGACGAGUAGAUGCUGAGACAUGGCGUCGUGGCUACUACUGGCAGCCAUCUUUGGGGCUGCCCAUGCGCAGAGUAACAGAAAUGAUGGUCCAAGGUUCGUAUCCCGGGGCCAUUCUUUCAGGACAGUGGUGGGAGACACGUUACUGUUGCCAUGUCAAGUGCAGAACUUAGGAUCUCUAGUGUUACUAUGGCGACGGGGUCCAGCCGUACUUACAGCAGCCAGUCUCAUGGUGACCAGAGAUGAAAGAUUCCGACUGGUCGAUGGAUAUAACCUGCAGAUUACUGAUGUUGGACCGCAGGACGCAGGCGACUACGUCUGCCAGAUAUCAGACAGAGUCGCCCGCGACCAAGUCCACACUGUGGAGGUACUCGUCCCUCCCAGUGUGCGCGCCUCGCCCGAGUCGCGGCACGCGGCCGCGCGGCGAGGCGGGGCAGCUGUGCUCGAGUGCCGCGCCUCGGGGAACCCUGUGCCGAGCGUCACUUGGCACAAGUUGAACGAAACAAGCACACGGCUCGGUGAAGGUCCGCAAUUACAAUUAUCAAGGUUAGAGAGACAGCACAGUGGAAAGUACGCGUGUACUGUAGACAAUGGUGUUGGACCUCCGAUUGUUACUGAGUUUCAACUGCAAGUCCUGUUUCCACCAGAAAUAACAGUGGAACGGUCGUGGGUUCACACGGGAGAAGGGUUUCGCGCUGAACUGCUGUGCACAGUAUUAGCUGACCCGCCAGCUGAGGUACUAUGGUACCAAAACUCGUUCCCUCUUAGUGCAACGGACAGAGUGACUAUGUCGGUACGGGGGAACAAUCACACAUUACUUAUUGCUAAUGUGCAGCCGGAGGACUUCGGGAAUUAUACUUGCGUAGCGGACAACAGUCUAGGCCGUGCACGACAACACGUCGAAGUGUCCGGUCGUCCCGGACCUGCUCGAUUCACUUCCCCACCUCUAGCGAGAACCGCACAUUCAUAUACGUUGUCUUUUGCUGUGGACAGUUACCCACCAUUGGAUGAACUGAGAUUGCUGUACCGGCAGUUGGCUAUAAACGAAUCAUUCCAACAGCCCGGGCGGUGGCAUGACGUAGUGAUCCCCGCCCCCGAGCCGACCGGCUCGCUGACGCACCGCGUCACGCACGAGCUGCGCGCGCUCGAGCCAGCUGCCGUGUAUGAGGCCAUCGUGCAGGCGAAGAACAGAUACGGGUGGAACGAGGUCAGCGACAUAUUCCAAUUCCACACGCUCGGUGGAACACACACAGCUCACGCGGACGAACUAACACCAAUGUUCUCGUCUACGUCUAAACACAGACUGACGCAAUACUUACUAUUCGCCGCCAUUUUCUUUCUCUUUGGAUGACUAUAGACAAUGCGUUGCAAAUAAAAAAAAAUUUUUUUCGUUUAACGGUGCAUUUACAUCAAACGCGCUUCCCUAUUUACAAUAAUAAAAAAACGAACAUAGAGCAAG